AUGGAACUGAACGGGAAUAUGUGCCAUGGGACGGAACAGACGGGUCGCACGGAUAUCGCCAUCGCCCGGGUGGAGCAAGUGACACCCUUCCCCUUCGACAAGGUCGCCAAGCAGAUCAAGCGCUACUCCAACGCGGAGGUGUGCUGGGCCCAGGAGGAGCCGAAGAACAUGGGCGCUUGGAGCUUCGUCCGGCCGUGCAUCGAGACCUCGACCCUCAAGCUGAACAACAUGGAGAGGAAGCCGCGCUACAUCGGCAGGCCGACCGCUGCUGCUCCGGCAACGGGCCUCAGCAAGGUACUUGUCCCGUGA